AUGGUGUGGGACCCUGCACCUACUAUCGUCUCAGCUCCUGGAAAGGUCCUCAUUGCUGGUGGUUAUCUCGUCCUCGAUCCGGCUUACCCUGGAAUUGUGCUCGUAACAAAUGCUCGCUUCUACGCCUGUGUAUCAAAACGCACCGAAAGUACGAUCCGAGUGCGUUCGCCGCAAUUUCAGCACGCAGAAUGGUUAUAUGCCUAUCACUUACCAAAAGAAGAUGUCAAAGAUGCCAUCCAAGCAGCGAAUGCAUUGCGCUUAAUUCAAUGCGGUGACCCAAACCCAUUCGUCGCCCUGGCUCUUUUGUACGCAUUACAUAUUUCUUUCGAGUAUUUGGGCCCAACGAAGGCCCGCGAAACUUUAUCGUGUGGUCUUGAUAUUAUGAUCAUCGGGGACAAUGAUUUCUACUCUCGACGCGUGAAUGGACAGGUGCCAACAAUCGAGGAGCUUAGAGCUCUCGAGCCGUUCACGUCUCAUCCAUGUACACUGGGUGACGUUCAUAAAACAGGGUUGGGAUCGAGCGCCGCGAUGACUACAUCUCUUGUUGGUGCUCUGCUAUUACACUUGGGUGUAGCACAAGUCGAAUCCGGCCAAUUGACCUCAACUUCACUCGGCCUCAUUCACAAUGUCGCACAGCUGGCGCAUUGCGCAGCGCAAGGCAAAGUCGGCUCCGGCUUCGACGUGUCUGCCUCGGUAUGGGGCCAUCAGUUGUACCGCCGCUUCGAUCCUGAUUUGAUCAAGAGUCUCAUUCGCCACGAAAUCGGAUCGCGAAUCGUAACUGACCAAAAAACUGCCGUCAACGAUGUGACUCCUGAACCGCUUGCACUCCUGCCCACGCUGGAUGCCACUAAUCCACUUUGGGUCCCAGCACCACCACCAUCGGCUGCUUCUACGGCUGUUGAAGGCUUGUUUUCGCUGCACACGUCGAAUUCUCCUCAAUAUAAAGCACGUCCUGCCCCGCUGUCGCUACCACCUGGUAUUCAAAUGUGCCUAGCUGAUGUCGAUACUGGCUCGAAUACCCGGACGCUGGUGGGAAAAGUCAGUGAUUGGCGUGCACAACAUCCAGAUUGGGCGGCUCAGCUGUACAAAAUCAUCGCUUCUUCCAACCAAUCGCUCGCGGAUGGUCUGCUUCAGCUUCAUAUGGCUUAUGCAAACGACCAGACUGCGUAUACCCAAGUAUUGGAAACGCUUUCACAACGACCUUCAUUAGAUUGGGAUCAUUACUAUAAGUCGCAUCCAUCAUCUACAUGCGCACUAUUUCUUGAAGUACGAAAUGCCAUGCGCUCGAUUCGCGCGGGUAUGCGCGAAUUGGGCUCGCGAUCCGGUGCUCCGGUCGAACCGCCAGAAAUGACGCGAUUGCUCGAUACCACUAUCAAUACAGCUCCAGGUAUCAUGGGAGGUGGCGUCCCUGGUGCAGGUGGCUAUGAUGCACUCUUCUUGCUCUUUCUUUCGCCAUCCUCCCUGCACACGCACAUACCUGCUCCUGCUCCACAGAGCGUGUGUGACAUUUGGCAGACGUACAGUGAGCUGAGUGUUGGCCCCCUCUUGUGCAGUGCUGACUGCUCUGAUGUGCCAUGCCGUACAAAUAAGAGUGACGGCAGCAAUCACGUUACCCAAAUUGCCCAAGCUUGGGCACAAGCCUCUCCGGCCAUGCGCGUCGUGCAAGAUGCGUCCACCGUACCUGGCCUGGAGCGGUGGCUCAAUAGUGCAUAA